AGGCCCCAAUAGUCAUGUGCGGUCGUCGCGUUGCGUGCCUCUCUCCACUCAGCGGUCGCGCCUGGGGUCUCCGGCUCUCCGCUCGCCACGCCCACGCCCACGCCCACGCCCACGCCCACGCCCACUACCCACGCCGCCGACGGUUCCGCCCCUGCGUACUCUAGGUAUCCCGUGUCCAACGGUCCACCCCCACCGCAACCGCCGUCCGUCCGUCCGCCCGCCGCCGCACCCUGCUAGGGUUUCGGCCAGGCCGGAUCCGCCGCCGCCUGUAGAUUCUCCUAUCCGACCGCGGCGCCUCGAGCCGCACCGGCAACCUCGGACCUGAAUACCUGAUACACUGCACUUCUUCAGUCCGCAGGACCACAGCACGCACAAUUGUUCUUCAAUCUGCAGGACUGCAGCCGCGCACAAGCCGUAGCUGAUAGCAUCUUCUUUGAUUGUCAUCUUUUGCAUACUCUUGUUGACGGUGCUAUCAUAUUCUUGAAAACCUUCCACGCUGUCCAUCUGAGCAUUCUUCUAUCUCUGCAUUUGUCCCUUAACAGUCACCUGCUUUGAGGUUCCAUUUGGAUACCCAUGGCUGGAUUCAGUUUGAGAUUAUUAUAUAUCUUUUGUUCUAGCUGUUUCUGUUGUUUUCUUUCCAUCCAUACAUUAUCACUUUGCUUCCCCCAAUAUUGUUGGUUCCUGUGCUCUUUCCAAAGUUUCCUUGGAACUUUGAGCUUUGGAAGAUGCCAAGGAGAACAGGAAAUGCUGCUCCAACCAAAUCAGUUGAAUUGGUCAAACAAGACCAAUUGGAGUUUGAUGAUCCUGAUGAGGUAGAUGACGAGGAAGAAGUUGAGUAUGAAGAAAUUGAGGAGGAGGUUGAGUAUGAAGAGGUAGAGGAGGAGGAGGAGGAGGAUGAGGAUGAGGAGGAUGAAGAAAUGGAAGGUGUGCAUGAAAUUGAUGCUAAUGAUGAAAGUAAAAUGGUGGAUGCUGAUGGGAAGGUUGAGAAUGAAAAAGAGAAGCAUGCUGAGCUUCUUGCUCUUCCUCCUCAUGGAGCUGAAGUUUAUGUUGGGGGCAUAUCUUCUGAUGUAUCUUCUGAAGAUCUCAAACAACUAUUUGAAUCUGUUGGAGAAGUUGUGGAAGUGCGAAUGCGAGGAAAGGGGGAUAACAGGACUUAUGCUUUUAUUAAUUUCAGAACUAAAGCGAUGGCCUUAAAGGCCAUCCAAAAUUUGAGCAAUAAAGACCUAAAGGGAAAGAAGAUAAAAGUUUCUCCCUCCCAGGCUAAGAACAGGCUAUUUAUUGGGAAUGUACCCCAUGACUGGACACAUGAUGAUUUCAAAACUGCAGUGGAAGAAGUUGGUCCUGGAGUUUUAAAAGUUGAACUCAUGAAGGCGCCAGGCUUAGAUCGCAAUAAGGGUUAUGGCUUUAUUGAAUACUACAACCAGGCAUGUGCAGAGUAUGCUAAGCAGAAGAUGUCUACCCCAGAAUUCAAACUAGAUACGAAUGCUCCUACUGUCAGCUGGGCAGAUCCUAAGAAUGCCAAUGAAGCUACAUCUACUGCACAGGUUAAAUCUCUAUAUGUCAAAAACCUCCCCAAGACUGUUACUCAAGAGCAGCUGAAAAAGCUGUUUGAGCAUGUUGGAGAAAUUACAAAAGUUGUUGUUCCACCUGCAAAAUCUGGGCAUGAAAAUCGGUACGGUUUUGUUCAUUUUAAGGAGCGGUACAUGGCUAUGAAGGCUCUGAAGAACACUGAGAGAUAUGAACUCGAUGGUCAGCUGCUGGAUUGUUCACUUGCGAAACCUCCUGCUGAUAAGAAGGAUAGUACUGUAUCAACACCUACUGCAAAAGGAGGCCCGUUACUCCCAAGUUAUGCCCCACUUGGAUAUGGACUGGUGGGAGCUUAUAAUCCACGUGGAAAGGGAUUGGCAGAUGCUUAUAAUAACCCCCUUGGAAAUGGACUGGCAGGUGCUUAUGGUGUGCUUUCCGCUCGUGCUGCACAGCCAAUGGUGUAUGCUCCAGGUGCUCCUCCCGGCUCAACAAUGAUCCCAAUGGUCCUACCAGAUGGCCGUCUUGUAUACGUACCACAGGCCGCGGGGCAGCAGCCUGUGCAUGCGACUUCACCUCUGCCACAGCAAGGUGGUCGUCGAUUCGGUGGUAGUGGCAGCGGUGGUGGCGGAUCCAGCUCUUCCGGCGGAAAGCGGCAGAGGGGAGAUGACCAUGGUAGUAACAGCAACAACAGCCGCAGGGGCCGGCACCGUCCGUAUUGAUGAUUGCAAUGCCGCUGAUUAGCAGUUAGAAGUUAGAACCGAGCAGUUAGCACAUUCGUCGCAGUACCAUGCUGGAAACGGUGGUUUGAAUUAUUUAUUUACCAUGCUGGAAACGGUGGUUUGAAUUGAAUAAGACAAAGUUUUUGAAAAAAAGUCAACGGGUGUCGAAUAUUCGUGAACUGAGGUAUUACCUUAGUCAAGCUUGAAGAAUAAAAACUAUGCUGUGCUCUUGGCUGGACUCCA